AUGGAUGGAAUAGAAGAAUUACAAUCACUUAGUGUAAUAUCUAAAGUUAAUGAAAUGCUUAAAAAUUAUCUUGAAAUUGAUCAAUCCGAGUUAGCAGAAUUUAUAAUAUAUUUGGCAAAAAAAUCGAAAGAUUUGGAUGAAUUUAAUAAAUUAUUAAAUGAAAAUGAUGCUAAUAUGAGUUUUGAUUUUAUUAAUCAACUCUAUCGUAUUAUUAUUACACUUGAUCCUCCAAAACAAAUGGAUGAAUGGGAUAAUAUAAUUAAAAGUAAUAAUGAUGAAACAAAUUUUCCGGCACUUUCAUUAAAAAAUAAUCCAAAUCGUAAAGAACUUUUAUUACCAUCACCAACUGUAGAAUUAUCAGAAUGGGCUAAAGAAUUAAUUAAUAAAGAAAAUCCUAAUAUUAAAUUACAAAAUUAUAAAUCUAAUAAAGAUAAAGAUAAUAGAGAUCGAGAUAAACAUAGACGUAGUCUUUCUAGAGACCGUGACCGUGACCGUUCUAGAUAUAGAGAAAGAGAUAGAGACCAUGAUAGAUAUAAGGAAAGAGACAGAGGUAGAGAUAGACAUAAACGUAGUCGUUCUAGAGACCGUGAUCGUGAUAGAGAUAGAGAUAGACGUAGUCGUUCUAGAGAAAUAAAUCGUUCUAGAGAUAGUUCUAGAGACUUUGAACCAGACACCGUUAUGGAAGAAUUAGAAGAAGAAAAUGAUAUAUUGAAUAAUAAAAAACGUUAUAUAAAUGAUAUAGAACGUUGGGAGAAUCAACAAUUAUUAAAAAGUGGAAUUUUAACUAAUGAAGAGAAAUUUAAAUUGAAAUCUGAAUUAGAAUUACAAGAAGAAAUUCAACCUGAAGUUACUAUUAAUUUAAAUCCACCAAAUUUUUUAAAAGGACAAACUAUAAGAUCAGGUAUAGUAUUAUCACCUAUAAAAUUAGUUGCAAAACCUGAAGGUUCAUUACAAAGAACUAUUACUACUUCAUUACAAAUACAAAAUGAACUUAAAUCUAUACAUCAUACACAUAAUACUACACAUAAUACACACAGUACACACACUACUACACAUAGUACUAAUACUACACAUACACAUACUACAGCAAGUACAAAAAGAGUAUAUAAAAAUAUAUUAGAAGAAAGGAAAAAUUUACCUAUAUAUAAAUUAAGAGAAGAAAUAAUAAAUGAAAUAAUACAUAAUCAAAUAUUAAUUGUUAUUGGUGAAACUGGUAGUGGUAAAACUACACAAAUACCACAAUAUCUUUAUGAAUCUAAAUUUCAUUAUUAUAAUCAUUUUUUAUCAUUAAUUUCUCCCGUUACGGUGACUGGUCCACCAGACAGUAAUGGUACUAACGGUAGUACAGUUGUACCUGGUAGUAGUACCAACGAGGGUACCGUUGGACCAAGCACCGUUACGGAGGGAAAGGGAGCUAAUUCUACAGCCACGGAGUGUACUACUACUAAUACUACUAAUAAUACUAAGGAUAUUGAGGAUAUUAAGGGUACUAAUACUAAGGAAGUCCCUUUUGGGGUUGGUGGUACUGGUGGUUGUCGUGUACUAGACACCGUAACGGAGAAAAAAAUGAUUGGUAUAACACAACCUAGAAGAAUAUCAUGUAUAAAUAUAGCAAAAAGAGUAAGUGAUGAAAUGUAUUGUAUAAUUGGUAAUGAAGUUGGUUAUUGUAUAAGAUUUAGUGAUGUUACUAGUGAUAAAACUAUUAUUAAAUAUAUGACUGAUGGAAUGUUAUUAAGAGAAAUUCUACAUGAUCCUUUAUUAAAUAAUUAUAUUACUAUUAUGUUGGAUGAAGCACAUGAAAGAACAAUAGCAACUGAUGUAUUAUUUUCACUUCUUAAAGAGACAUGUAUGAAAAGAAAAGAUUUUAGAUUAAUAGUAACAUCAGCAACAUUAGAAAGUGAGAAAUUUAGUAAAUAUUUUUUUAAUUCGAAAAUUUUUAAAAUUCCUGGUCGUUCUUUUCCUGUUGAAAUUUUCCAUUCUAAAGAACAAGAAUUUGAUUAUCUUGAAACUUCACUUAUUACUAUAUUAAAUAUACAUCUUAAUGAAAAACCUGGUGAUAUUCUAUUAUUUCUUACUGGUGAAGAAGAUAUAGAAACGGGUAUAAAAAUAUUAGAAGAAAGAUUAAAUAAAUUAAAGAAUAUGAAUAUACCGAAAUUAUUAUUAUUUCCAGUAUAUUCAGCAUUACCACAAGAUCAACAACAACAAAUCUUUCAACCUGCACCACCAGGAACUAGAAAAUGUAUUUUAGCUACUAAUAUUGCUGAAGCUUCUAUUACUAUUGAUGGAAUAUUAUAUGUUAUUGAUCCUGGAUUAUGUAAAAUUAAAUCAUAUAAUCCUAAAACUGGAAUGGAAAGUUUAAUAAUAACACCAAUAUCACAAGCUAAUGCUAGACAAAGAGCUGGUAGAGCUGGUCGUACAGCACCAGGUAAAUGUUUUCGUUUAUAUACUGAGAAAACUUUUCAUGAAGAAAUGCUUCCUACACCUAUUCCUGAAAUUCAACGUGUUAAUCUUACCAAUGUUGUUAUUAUACUUAAAUCUAUGGGUAUUAAUGAUUUUUUACAUUUUGAUUUUAUGGAUAAGUACGCAUUACGACCUUGUAAUGAAAUGUUAAUUGAUGCAUUGGAUAUAUUAUAUCAUUUGGGUGCAUUAGAUGAUGAAGGUUUAUUAACACAUUUAGGACGUAAAAUGGCACAAUUUCCAAUUGAUCCAACAUUAUCCAAAAUAUUAUUAUAUUCGAUUGAAAUGGAUUGUUAUAAUGAAAUAAUAACAAUAAUAUCAAUGUUAUCAGUACAGAAUAUAUUUUAUCGUCCAAGUGAUAAAAGAGAAAAAGCUGAUCAAUCCAGACGUAAAUUCUUUCAAUCUGAAGGAGAUCAUUUAACUUAUCUUUAUAUAUAUAAUCAAUGGUCUAAUAAUCAAUUCUCCAAUUAUUAUUGUUAUAAUAAUUUUCUACAAUAUAGAGCAUUAAUAAAAGUACAAGAUAUAAAGAAACAAUUAAUAUCAAUAAUUGAUAAAUAUAAAUUUAUGAAGAAGAAAAUGAAAAUUGAUAAUUUAAAUAAAACUGAACGUAUACAAAAAUGUAUUUGUAGUGGAUUUUUUCAUCAUUCUGCUAAAAGAGAUGAAGAUUCUUAUCGUACAUUAUUAGAUGAACAAAAAGUUUAUAUACAUCCUUCUUCAUCAUUAUUUCAAAGGUAUUGCUUACCUACAGAGGAAAAUUUAUUUCCUCUAACCCGAUCAAUUUUUGACAUUUAUUUUUUUUUACCUUAUUUUUCUAAUUAUUUUUAUUAUUUGAUUAAUAAUUGUAUUAGAAAUCCAGAAUAUGUAUUAUAUCAUGAAUUAAUAUUAACAAGUAAAGAAUAUAUGAGAGAUUUAACAAUAAUUAAAUCAAAAUGGUUAUUAGAAUUAGCACCAACAAUGUUCAUAUCAUCUAAUAAUACAUUUAAACAUUCAAGUAACAAAAUUAUUAAACUAAAAUUAAAAUAUUAA